AUGCCGAAGAGAAGACAGACUCAUCGGGUUCAACCCAACGCCGAGCACCGACGACGACGCGUCUACGCCGCGUGCGGAGAGUGUCGCCGUCGACGCCGCAAGUGCGACGGCAGCCAGCCUUGCGCCCAGUGCGAUGCUUACGGCUACGCGUGCGCCUACAACGACGACUCGGCACCCUCGGCACAAUCCCCUGCUUCCGAAAGCCGUCCGCCCGAGACCGCCGCCCCUCCGCCGCCUUGCUCGUCCUCCCGCGCCGCCGGCCCGCCGUCGACCGGAGCCGCCGUCAUCGUCAGCCGCGAGAGGGGCCGCAUCGUCCACGCCCACAGCGCCGUCGCCCUGCCCCGCCUCGUCGGACAAGCUCUCGCCCUCGAACCCCCGCCGCGGCUGCAUUCGUACGCCUGGAACCUGGGCCUGCGCGCCGAGCGUCGCGGCACCGUCCCCGGCCCUUCCCUGCCGGGGCUGCUGACCCUGCCCGAGUGCCGCUCCCUCUGCGCCGUCUACUUUGCCGCCGUGCACCCGCUCUUCCCGCUUUUCCGACGAGAAGCCUUUCUGAAGCGGAUUGCGGACGGCUGGGCCACGAUGGACGCCGCCCGGCCGAACCUCGCGGCCGUGGUCGCGCUCGUCGCCGCGCUGGGCUCCUCCUUUUCUUCAGCGGCGCACCCGCAUGAGCGCGAGGUGGCGCUCCGCGGGGUGGCGCUGCUGGACCUCGGGCUGUCGAGCCCGGCGGCGGCGGUCGACGCGGACGCGGUGGCGGGUUGGGUGCUGCGCGCGCUGUACAUGCGGCUGACCACGCGUCCGGCCAUCUCCUGCGUGGCGAGCCACACGGCGAUGCACCUCGCCGAGAUUGUGGGCAUGCACCGGGACCCGGUGGCGGACGGCGCGCUCGGCGGCGACGAGGAGGAGCUGGAGACGCGGCGCCGCUGCUUUUCCAUCGCGGGCUUCCUGAACAGGCUGCUGGCCACCGAGUACGGCGUUUCGGGCGUCUCCAUGCGACACGCCAACUGCGCGGCGCCGGCACCCGCUCCGGGCACGCACGUUGAGGCGCUGCACGCUAUGAGCUGCGUCCUUGCUGACGCAGAUACCGCGGCGGCUGCCGGCCUCGACUCGGACGACUUCGCGGAGCUGUUCCCCCGUCUGCGAGACACCCCGCACAGCGCCGAGGACGACACCGUGGCGCUCUUCGCCGCGGACGUUUGCCUCUGCCUCCUGCGGCGCUUCGCCGCCGCCGCCUCCGGCAGCACGCCCGGCCCGCGGAUCGUGCGCGUCGCGGCCGAGGUCCUCCGACGGGCGCUGGACGCCAUCGCCGGGUUGCUGGCGGCCGGGCGGACGUGGUGGAACAUGCUCAGCGUGCCGUUCCAGAGCGUGUGCGUGUGCGUGGCGUCGGACGACGCGGGGAUGCUGGAGUUGCUGCCGGCGGCGAUGGAGAUGCUUCGCGGCAUGGCGGACCGGUUCGGGUCGCACAUGGCGCGGGAGGCGCUGGCGACGGCGCAGCAGGUGAUCGCGGCGUCGCGGGGCCGCACGGAGGGGAAGCUGGCCUUGAAGGAUGCCGCGCUUGCUCAUGCGCUGCCGCUGCCCGCGGAUGAUAUCGACUGGACGAGCUUUGAUUUGGGUUUUGACGUGGGUGGUGAGUGGCCGUCGGUGGUGGACUUUUUCAUGUAG